UGACGCUGCUACGGUCACCUCGUUGUGGAUUUCAGUACGUCCCUAAGUGGCAGAAAUAACGUGGAACUAACAGCACUGCUAACGUUAAUUAAAACAAACAUUCCCCGUCUUGUGUUAACAUCGUAUCGUGGAAGGUGUCGAAAUAUGUCAGUAAAAAAAGAUUCAAUCGUUUUAAUGCGACUAAAAGCAGAGAGGGAGUGAGACCGCCCGAGCUGACCACGGGUGGGGAAAACGAGCGACCCUCCCCCUACGUUACCGUCCGCGGAAGACAUUUAGCAUUUCCACAGCACGAAGACUGAACUCGGCGUCAACAUGGAGGACUGCGGCUUCCAGAGCCAGCUACUGUCCGUCAUGGAGGUCCUGGCCAAGGCAGCUGUGGCGGAGAUAACCCGGCGUGUGGAUGACAGCUGCGCGGUGCUCCGGCUGGAGGUGAGCCAGAGCCGGCGGGACAUCGAGCUGCUGAAGCGGAAGAGUGAGGUGAUGGAGGCCGAGCUGAGGAGGAGCAGGAUGAGAGCCAGGAGGAAAGCGUUUUAUCCUCCAGCAGCAGAGCGAUUCUCUCCUUUAGUCCGAGUGGUGUUGAACAGAGGGAGACAGAGCACAUGUUGGGACACUGAGGCUCAAACUCAACCCCAGCAGUGUGCAGACGUGGAAUGUGCUAAUAAAGCUGGACACAUCCUGAUCAAAGAGGAGUGUGCAGAGGAGGACCUGUGGAAGAACGAGUCGGAGGACAAACUCAUCUGUGAAGCCGAGCAGAUGCCAUGUUUGGAAGCCUCACAGCCCGCCCAGACCGACAUCUUCGUAGCGCACUACCACCCAGCUGAGAACGCAGCGAGGCCCGGAGCUCUGGUUUUCCCGACCGACGGCUACGACACGUUCCCCGAGGAGCAGCAGCCGCCCCAGCCGCACAGACACCAAACCGCCGCAGAGCUCGUAGUGAAACACGAGAGAGACGGAGAGCCCGACGAGAAGGCCGCUCCUCUCGAUUCCGCCCACAGGUUUGUGACGGAGGAAGGAGACGGACAGCUGUGGUCGUCCAAUCAGUGCAGAGACGCUGCUGAGCCGAGCUUCCCGUACGCCGAGCCACAGUUUGAGCCACCUCCCUCUGCGGCCCCGCCUCAAAGCGGACUGCAUUUGGAAGACACGGUGCCCCGAAUUCACUCGAUAGGGAAGUCCCACUCGGUCGCGGCGAGUUCAGUGCGCGCGAAGAGACGAGCCAGAGCGUUUGGAUGUAAGAGGCCGCAGCCAGAUGAAGGACAGAUCAACACCACGGACCGAUGCUCGGUUCCUCCGCCGCCACAGCAUCAUCAGUACACCGGUUCUCCUCAGGGGAGGAACCCAAACCAGGAUUUGACGCCGCCGCCGCCGAGCCUAGCCGCAGGCGUUUCUUCUUUCUGCGGGCACAGCCGCGGCGGCCUGGGCCUGGCGAGGAGGACGAGGACGCCCUGGAGGUCGGGCGUUGGCGAGAAGAGGUUCAGCUGCACGUACUGCGACAAAAGCUUCAUGAGGUUUAGUCAGCUCAAGGAGCACCUGCGGAGCCACACGGGGGAGAAACCGUUCAGCUGCCUGCAGUGCGGCCGCAGCUUCACCAAACAGUGCAACCUGAUCCGACACGCGGUGGUGCACAGCGGAGAGAAGCCCUACGCGUGCUCGCUGUGCGGCAAGUGCUUCACCCAGCGCUCCAGCCUCAAGUCCCAUCAGAAAACUGCACACUGACUUCACAGGGGUUUACGGCGUUAAAUCCACGGCGUCGGCACGCACCUAGGUACGUGUAGAUACGGACCCUACGCCGUAGCCUUGCGUGCCCCAGGUCUGGGUACGGACCCUACGCCGUAGCCUGGCGUGCUCCAGGUUUGGGUACGGACCCUACGCCGUAGCCUGGCGUGCUCCAGGUUUGGGUACGGACCCUACGCCGUAGCCUGGCGUGUUCCUCUCUAAAAAAUUGAACACACAUCUCGGCGAUGCAGACUGCAACAACUCUGUGUGUGUGUGUGUGUGUGUGUGUGUGUCCAUUGUCUGCGUCAUUUCCCUGCUUCGCAUUCAUUCCUACGGGAGCAGCCGUGCAAUGCAUUCUGGUAGCGUCGCAGGGACUUUGUCCUUUGUCUGUCUGAAAUGAAGACAGAUUCAGCAACUGCAUGGCCUUAACAUUUUUUCAGAAACACGUUUGCUUGUCCAGACUGAUCUCAUGAAGUGGCGUAUGUACGACAUGCCACACAUCGUAUGCCAUUUUUGUUAUCAAGACGCAUACUCGUUUUUAAGCGUGUUCAUCAACCCGCUGACUUACAUUACCUUGCGAUUGCAUGUGAAUUUACGCCGUAGCGAGUAGUAUGAAAGUGCUAAAAUCGGCAUAGGGAGGUUGAUCAGGGUGGCGGGUGGGUCAAACACAGGACUUUGACCUCGGCCGUGGCUAGGUAGUGUUGCAUUCCCCACCUCGACUCAUUUCCUGGUUCUCCUUCUCCAUAAACCACAUGGAAUCAAGGAGAGGGUUAAC